AUGUCUUGGUUAAACGUGUUCGACAGCUUGUUUACUGGGAAGAAACUAGCAGUGGGAGAAGAAAACUCCAUCAAGUUUCGCGGUUCCCGAAUUCAGUUGCAAAUGCUCCUCGAGUUAAAUGCUCCAUUACCCUCCCCACGCCAGCAGGCUGACUGGCGAGAAGAAUGGGAAAGAGAAUUAGUGAGCUCUUGCGAGGUGGAUCUGAUCUGCGGGACUUGUGUCAGUGGAGACGAGCUGCGCCGAGGGAGCCACAAGCUAAAGAAAACCAUUUCCCCUUGCAAAUCAGCCGGUUUUAGGGCACAUCCCUUUAACUCCACUCUACGGAAACAGUAUUUUCAGGUUUUGAUUUUCAUGCCAGGAACUGACCGGCAAACUCCAGGGGGAAAUGGUGGUGAGAAAGUAAUAUAUAAUGCGAUGCGGGCUACGCUUGCCGAAACAAAUCCACUUGAAGAAAUCCCGAAACUGAGCGGCUCCUGGAAUCUGCGGGCUCUCCGGCCACCUCUACACGAAGAGCAAAAUCGCCAGCCACUCCCGUGGAGAGAGAAUCCUAUCGCUACCACCUUCUUCGUUCACUUACUCGAUCAGCUCCGGACACCGAGGGUGUAGGGAUUAUUUAUUUAAUUGUAGGAAGUGUCCUGGGGUGUGUGUGUAUACAGUACAAUCCUCAUGUACUUCUUCCUUUUAGAUAAUUACCAAAGACGUGUCACCUUGAGUCAUAGACUAUAUAUAUGAACACAAUUCGAAAAUGUGUGUAUUUCUUAACCGUCCCUUUAAGAAUACAUAUUGACGUACGUAUCAUGCCUGGUAUUAGGUAAAUGUGACCGCGUAUUAUAUGCCUUGA